AUGUUCAGGUGUGAAGCAAGAAAGGAUGGUGAAGUCCAGUCAAUCACAUGGGCUCGAUUUUUUCGAACCAAGGAGAAGAAGGUUGUAGCGGCUAGAUUGGAUCCGGAUAACCGAAGAGCUCGUCUCAUAUUUGGAAAUGCGACAGCUGCCCAGGCGGGGAAAUACCGCUGUGAAAUCCGUACCGAAGACGGGGAACUGGUCUUCGGCAAUAUGUUCGCCUACUCUCGUCCGGUCAUCCACGGGAACUCGUCCGAUCCUAUGGAAGUAUCACCAUCGGACCCGACGCUCGUCACGUCGAGACCGCUGACUGCUUCCAGGGAAUCUAAUGCGACCAUCGUCUGCCCAGUAUAUGCGUAUCCACAUCCUCACAUCGUCUGGUACAAAGAUGGAGUCCCUCUAGAGUCCUCAGCUCGAGUCUCAUUCCAUAGAAUGCAGUUGAACUAUUCAGUGGGUGGAGCGAUACAGAUGCUGGCAUGCUACGUAAGAUUCUUUUCCCUCUGCGGAUUCUUUCCUUCAACAAGUUCCCGCCGUGACUUGAGCAGCUCUAGUUUUCCUCCUUUCAGAUGUGUGGCUUCGAAUCAGUUCCCCAUUUAUGUGGACGGACCCGAGCAGGAGUUCGAGGUGAAAUUCGAUCGCGAGUUGAAGAUUGGUGUACACUAUGGAUGGUUGCUACCUCUCAUCAUCAUAUUGAUUAUGCUUAUUCUUCUAUUUUUCAUCAUUUAUUGUUGCCAAGCUUAUAAACGAUAUAAAACGAAGCAAUAUCACGUCGCUGAACGAGAGUGA